ACGCUUCGUUGAUCAUACAUUCGAACAAUAAUUAAAAUUCUCGAAAGUCGCAAUACUGUAAUUCAUAAUUAUUAUUUCUGUUAGAACAAACGAAGAGAAACUGCAAGAUCAUCAGAAACAAAGAAUUUAGUUACUGAAUAAUGCUGAAUAUUUUAUCAUAAAAGGGAUUAAAACAGAAUAGAAUUUUGUGUUAACUAUGAUCUAAUUUUUUGCUAAAAAGUAUAGGAAUUUAUAGAAGUACACAACACAAGUAAACCGCACGAUGUAUAUUUUUCAGAAACUUUUUGUUAUUAUUGCCACAACUUGCAUUUUUACGUGGGCACACUUACUACCUGAAGAUUCAAUUUCCGACGACGCAGAACAGUUAAAUCGUGAAAAGCGCGAUGAUUCUAUAAAUAUUUUCAAAACAUUCCCAUUCCUGGACGUUGGACCUGCCCAAGUCAUGUUACAGGACGAGGAUGAUUCGAACGAUAUUGACGAGGAAGAAGAAGAAAUUGAAAUGUUGCGCACAGCAUCAUCGUCUAAAUCUUUAGUGCUACCUACGCCGUCUGUACGUACAGCCUUCGUUGUACCGACGGCUACCAUAUUUGCAUCUAACCAGACAUCAGCAGUUCAACCAACUACACCGAUGCUAACUACUUUAAGCGCUACUAUCAACUCUAAUAUACCGUCGCCAUACUUCUCAGCUUCUUUAUUCUCCUUAAUAUCUGUACAAAAGACUUUAUUAAGACCUUCAAACAGUACACUCCGUAUUUCACCUACAGCAAGCAGUGAAAUAGCCGCACUGAUGACUUCAUCUUCUACCUAUCCAGCAGCCUCUUCUGUAGUUACUAACACACCUACCUCGCCUACUAUAAUAAAACCUUCUUCAGUCAAGAUUGAAGCAGUAACGCCAUCCGCAUCAGAAGUAAUCGAGCCAAUGAUAAAAAUGAUGAUUAUGUCUGCUGAAGGACCGCAGAUUCCAAACGAGAUUGGAUAUGGGGACGAAAUAGAAAGAGCGCAAACUGGAGAGGAAGCGGAAAUCAAGAACAUUCGAUUCUUGUAUUCAACCAUUUUUUUGCCAGUCUUGUCUGGAUUAUUUGGAGCAUUAUUGAUCACAGUAGGAAUUGUUAUCUACAGAUAUAUUCGCAGAAGAAAUUUAAAGAAAGUUCGAUACUACGGCGGAAAGCCUGCCGCUGGAUUGUAUCGGCUAGAUCAUAUGAGUUUACUUUCCGAUAUGAGUUCCGAUGAAGAAUAUUAAAAGUAAAAUAACCUGUGUGUAUUUUGCAGAACAGAAAGGAGUUGUUUAAGGGAAAUUGUAAAUACGCCGAAUGUGGAACUUCGAAGAAUAAUUGAGGCGCAUAAGAUCAUUCCCUGUUUAUAUAAGUUUCUUCUUGCGAGACAUUUUGUAUUUUUUUAGAACGAAGUAUAUAAAUCUAUCGUUAUGUAUAAUAGUUGGUUUAAAUAAAAAAUUAACUCGAUUUAACAGAUUGAGUGUUAAUAGUCAA